CUUCGUUGUUUUGAGGAACAUUGUGAGUUUUUUUUUUUCCUCUCUCUAAUGGCAACACCUUUUCAAUCUGUAGCUGUAAUAUGUUGGUGCUCCCUUUAGGGAAAGAUGAAAUUGAAGUCUAAGAAAGGAUGGAAAUCUAUUGUGCCUCUUCAUUUGAAAGGAAAAUCAGCCACCCGUUUUUCUCUGUUUCGCAAAGUCAAUUCAGCUAGCUAUGGACCUGCCAAAACACCCGUUUAUCUGAAUGUGUAUGACUUGACACCCAUGAAUGGUUAUAUGUAUUGGGCUGGUCUUGGUAUCUAUCACUCUGGUGUAGAAGUUCAUGGUGUAGAAUAUGCAUUUGGAGCUCAUGACUACCCAACAAGUGGUGUUUUUGAGGUCGAACCUCGGCAAUGUCCAGGCUUCAAGUUCAGGAAGUCAAUAUUCAUAGGAACCACAUCCUUGGAUCCUGUUCAGGUUAGGGAGUUCAUUGCUAGGCAGUCGGCAAGUUACAAUGGGGAUACAUAUCACUUAAUUGUUAAGAACUGCAACCACUUCUGCAAGGAUAUCUGCUACAAGCUGACGGGGAAAUCAAUCCCAACAUGGGUAAAUCGGCUGGCCAGACUAGGUUCAAUCUGCCACUGCAUUCUUCCCGAAGCUCUAAGAAUUUCUGCUGUGGAGCAUGAUCCUAAUUAUCAGCCUCAUGAUAGUGAAAAGAGAAGGCUUCGAAGUGCCUUCAAUUGCUUGUCCUCAAUCUCAAUGCGUCAAAAGCACCUUUCCACAUCUUCACUGUUUCUACAGUCACCCCUAAGAGGCUGCUUGUCAUCGUCGUGGCCAUCAUUGGAAUUAAGGAAGUCCAUUAAUCGUUCCUUGAAAGAAAGGUAAAAACUAUUUCAGCUUUGAAAAGGUUGGAAAUGCAUGAUUGUACCACUCUGUUCUAUGCUAGUCUUUUGUAAGUAGAUUUUGUGUUUCGUCACAUAACUUCAAAUACAUUUUGUUUUGUCUUUUACCUUUAAACAUGUUUUCAUUUUAUGUUUGUCAUUGAUAUGGCUCAUCCUUCUGUCAAUUUGCAACUAAGAAUGAUCCUUCCGGUGCUAUGGAAGAAACUUUGAAUGAAAGAAU